AUGACUGAAAUCAUAGAACAAGAACUUAACCCAGGUCAGAAACCGGAUAUGUCUUUGCCUUGGGGAUUUCCGGACGAGUUGGAAUUGUGCAGUGCAACCAAAUGUGGAAACUUGAAACAAAUGUCCAAAUGCAUCGGUGAUGGUGCUAAUGUAAACUUUUUGGACGGUUUUGGUCGUGCACCGUUGCACUACGCGGCACAAAGUGGCAAUUUUGAGGCGGCCAAAUUGCUAGUCGCUAACAAGGCGUUGACCGGUGUGAUGGAUGGAAAUCACGUAACUCCGCUGCAUCUGGCUGCUAAAGGUAAUCACAAACUGUUGGUGAAAUUUCUGGUCAUGAGUGGUGCAGAUGUGAAUGUGGAAUGUGCCAGUGGAUGCAAACCGGUCGACUUUGCUCCUUUCGGUUCGGAAACUUGGCAGAUUCUGAUCAAUGCAGCCCAAGGACAACUUCCUCUUGUGGAACACUUGGUUCAAACACGAACCGUCCCGAUGGUGCCCCAGUUUGCCAUCAAACGAGAGAUUGAAAAACAAGCAGCCAAGGCAGAAAAAUCCAAAGGAAAGAAAAAAGGCAAGGGGAAGAAAAGUGCGAAAAAAAGUGGGAAGAAAAAGAAGAAAUGA